UAUAUCUGUGUGUGUUCGCAGUAUUUGCAUCGUUGGUUCAAUGCAGACGGCAACGCAGACGGCAGCGCACGGAACGAAAGCGAACAGAAGGGGAAUAUAGGAAAAUAUAACCCGCUCAAUACAUUCUAGAGGAAACAUUCUCUUGACGUCAGUUCACUGUGUGAUUUUUUUAGGGUGACGGAAAAAUUCGAAAAUGUCAAGCUUAAAUGUUUGGAAUGCUCGCACGAAAUAAAACACCCACGUACCGUUUUUUUUCACCUAUUUCUAAAUUUUUCAUUUGAAAGGUUUAGUCGAAACAACUAGUGUGCCUGGCUUUCGUCUGUUCAAAUGGGAAUAUAGUGGCGCCCUGCCAAUCGAAACAAAGAUGUGAUUGGACCGAGGAGUCUUGUGUUGCAUAAUUUUGCCCGAGGGAAUUUAAAUACGGACGUGUGACCGGCCUGAGCUACCAUCUAUCUACUAAUUUCCCUUGAACAGCUUUUCAAUCAAUGUUGAAAUUUCUGUCAGUGCGGGAGUCAGGUCAAAGAGCAUGAUGAACUCUGGAGGUCGUGAGUGCUGGCGGGGAGUCUCGGCAGAGCGUCUUCAACCUCAAACUUGCAAAUGCGGUGGCCGGGAUCCACCGCCCUUUAAUUUGGUCUUUCCAGUUUCGGCGGGUGCAGAAUUCUCAACUGUAGCGCCCCCAACGUGGGCCAACAAUACUCUGUUUCCACUGCAGACGACAAUGCUGCCGACGGGAGUGUGGAGAACGGGUGAAGGGGCCAGUGGCGGUGGUGAUGCAGCAACUAUUUCUUCAUCAGCCGCACCAUCAGGAGGGAACUCAGCAGCAUGGCACAACUUACAUCCGAGAUCUGUGGCACUGCUGAUAGGAGCAAGUUUCAUGCUUAUCGUUAUCAUCCUCUUCCUUGGCUGCCUUUUGUUUUGCUUCACGAGAAAGAAGAAAAAGAAACGACAUGAUGACAUUCGAAGAUCCAGGCCUGAUGGAUGUGAAGCUGACCGAGGCCCUUGCGACUUACCUACUGUCAACGACCAACCGAAGAACAAAAACGAAUUUCCUCUAUUGCAGAUAGAUCAACCAACACACCCCAACCAUGAAAUACCACCAACACGAGACGUGUCAUCGGGCACCGAUUCACCAUUCGUGGUCAGAAAUUUCCCUAUGUUGAGAACAGUCAAAUCUGCCGUUGUCGGCAUCAGAUCAUCACCGAAGAAAGUGGCAAGACCUGUCAGCCGACAUGACUCAUCAGCUCCGCUCGUCGAACAUCAAGCCUCAAUUUUUCGUGAUAGGUGGAAGAAUGGAUCGCAGAGAAAUGGUAAAGACGACAUGGACGAUAACCGUUUAUCAACAGACAUUGAUAAUUCUGAUCUGCGAUAUCCCGAGCGAAGAGAUCGCUUGAUGACGCUGAAUGAGAAUGAUGUAGGUGUACCAAAUGGCAAGCUACCCACCAAGGUAGAAACACUACCAUCCAGGAUGUAUCCUGCACAGAGCAUCAUGGGAAGUCCGUCUCGAAAGAGUCCCAAUAAGAGACCUGAUUCAUCAACACCUUUAUUUGAUAGCGAUUCAAUAUCAAGUUCUGAAGCAUGACAAAGAAUUAAGCUACCACUUCGAAUGUCAUAGUACACCUUGAAGGCCUUCUAUGACUCUUCGUGAAAAGAUACUGCAAUAAUUAUGUUGAUUUUUUAAAGAAUAAGUUCUGUUGGAAAAUUAAGAUCGUCCUUUUCGAUGUCAAUAUACAUCCUAACAAGACAUCUGAAAUUAUUUAGGAUAAGAAAUGCAAUAUGUUUCAUUAUUAAACAAUAUCUUCCUUACUUCUGUAAAGAAAGUUUGAAUAAAUAACUUUAACACCUUUCCGUCAGGAGGAGUCUAAAGUUUCUACAUGAUGGCGGCAGGUCUUUUAGAGAAAGUGACCAGAGAAGACUUCCAUAUCUCACUUUAUUUAUAUCCCUGGCUGUACGGAGCUCUUCCGGGGCAGUAGUCUCCUCCAAAAUGUUCUUGUUACAAAAUUCCACCCCAAGGUGUGCACUAGGAAAGUGUUUAAUCAACAUUUGUUGUCUGACAGGUUGUCAGAUCGGACAACUUUCCUUGGUUUGACUGACUGAGAAGCAAAGUGUCUAAGUAAUAGUUAUUGGCGGAUAGAGUAGAUUUUGUCAGAUAAAACAUCUGAAAAGUCCUUUCAUUUAACGCUCCUCCGACAAAUACCACUGCGUUAUCAACGAGGUCACUUCGCUUUGUUAUGAUCACUAUGGAACAUUUUACGUAAUUUUGCCUGUUAGAAAAAAUAGCGUACGACAAUGCUUACAUCAAAAUUUAGUCAUAAUGAUUCUAGACUUCACAGAUUAAAGAUCGUUUAGAAUCACCUCAUUUAUUCGUAUUUAUCAACAGAGUUCAUAAAUAUUUCAGCCGUAUUUUUCAGGUACAUGUCUGAUCAUGAGACUGAAGUAAAAAAAAAAAAAUCAGAAUCAAUCGAAAAGCAGCACGAGAAACCUUGAAACCUUUCUAAUUGAGGU